AUGACAAUUUUUUUCAGGGAAGAUCAGUUCAGUGAAAGAGACAAACGCUUUUUUGGCAUUCCAUCGCCUUCUCAUGGAAAGAUCUUCUUGUCGUCACGAAACUUGGUUCGAGUGCUGGCUGAAUCUGUUGAACCAGUCGGUCAGGCAGGAAAUGAAUGCUGGUUUGCCAAAGACAAUCAGCGAGAAUGAUGAUCGUUCAUACAACGAUUGGACAAUGGAUGGAUUCGCGAUCGAUCGGCAAUGGACGACGACAAUGAGGGCGAAGGAUCCGAUAGUAAACUCCGCAUCGUCAUGGACGUCUCACAGCCCGGCGGGUCCCAUGCGGACAACAGCAAUCCGUCACGUAAUGUAGGAGAACGUGUCAAGGAUCAUGCUCAACAAGGAGAAGAAGUCGGAGUUCAGCAAGAACAUGAUGGCAAUCAGGAAGUGGAAGUGCCAUAUGAGAUGGAGGCAGAACGUGAAGAACGAGUAGCACGAGAAGAACGGGCAAAACAGGCAAAGAAAGAGCAGUAUCAACGGGAAAUUGAAGAAGAAGAUCGAGCACUUCGUGAUCACGAGGGAUUUGAUGAUAAACUGAAAAAUCUACUCCCUGGUGGACUACAGACGCCCAGACCUACAAAGCUGGAACCUAAUCCGAAGCUUGCUGCUUUGUUCAAAUUCUUAGAGAUAUAUCAGGGCUCACUCAUUGAGAAAGCAUUCGAAUUUUCUAAUGACAGAGUCAAGAUAAUUGCUUAUAUUCCACAUGACGUCUCAUUGGAACUAAAAGAAGGCAACUAUGACAAAUCACUUGCACUGAUCCGAACCAGACGAAUGGCUAAAAUGAUGGGUGAACUUUGGGAAGAGGAAAGAAAACUUUUCGAGGAGGAAAAUAGAAAGAGAGCAGGCAUGAUAAAAUACGCAAAACGCUGUGAUGUAAAUCGACAACCAGUUCAAAAAGUCAUGGAGGAUAUUCGUAACAUGUACUGCGAUCUGAUGUCAUGUCUAUCACGACGAGAAGCUCUUAUCCGACAGGAAGAAAAAGAUCGACAAAUGCUCUUGAAAGUUGGCUUCAAAAUCUGCAAUGACUGGCUUCCGGACGGCAUCCACAACAGACCAACACCAAUUGAUUUGUUGAAGCCUCAUGAGCGGAAGAAGCUUGCCCAUGAUACAAAGAUGCUUAAAUUUUAUAUCAAGUUGACACAAUCAAUGCACGAUAGUGGAGUCUCAAGAAUCAAAGAAUACCAAAAGCAAUUUCAUCUCAGAAAAGGCCCAAACUUGCAAUAUGGAAUCAACAAAGUACUGACGGCACAACAAUUCACAGAUCCUCCCAAACAGCCAGAAGAUAAAACGUUAUACGAGUGCAGUUAUGCAACACAAAUACGCACUACUUGUAUUUUCUAUGUGAUCCUGAAAAACAAUAAAUUGUUCUGUAACUUGCUUG